GCCGAGCUUAAACCUGAAGCAGUUCCACAGAAUGCAUGCAGUCUUGGAAUACAUUAAUAAAGUGGUGAUCCUGAAGUUUGCAGCUUUUACUUUAGAAUGUUAUAGUUCACAACACAACCAUUUGGCAGUUUCCAGCCAGGUGAGUGGUAAGAAGUGAAUGUAACUCGUAAAUGGUGGUGACAGAACAAAAUGGUUGUGCUGUGUUUAUCUUGAGUGCACUGUAUCUCUGAAAAUAGAUUCCACUGGAGGAGGUCUAAGUAAUCAGGAAGUUCUCAGUAGUAAUAUACAAGAGACAGUAACAAUAACAUGGUGAAUCCACUAAGGGGUAUACCCAUCGCACAUCCAGUGAGUAAUCUGCCACUGAGCCAAGUCACACCCUUGGGGUACACAACAGAAGCUUAGACUCGAGAUCUCCAGAUAUGAUGACGAAGCUGCUGACCCUAGCUAGUUUUAGAGAUUUCUCUUUGUAAACCCACUAUGGGGUACAGUUUUGCAGCUGGCACUACUGAUGGUCCAGGCAUGUUUGAUUUUAAACAAGGUGAUACUUCAACAAACAUAUUCUGGAACACUGUCCGCAAUCUGCUGCAAAUACCAACAGCAGCUCAAGUUGCCUGUCAUCACCCAAAACCCAUACUGCUUGAUACUGGCGAGAACAAUGUCUGGCAGAAGAACCAGAGAUGCUGUAAAAGAAACACUAAAAGCUGGUGGUUUUCCUGCUGACACCUUAUCUGUUAUUGCUGGUUUGUCCAAUGAUUAUGGCGAUUAUGUUGCAACAUAUGAAGAAUACCAGAUUCAGAGGUAUGAAGGGGCAUCUACUAUUUUUGGUCCUCGGACCCUUGAUGGAUACAUCCAGAAGUUCAAGAUUCUCGCAGAAAAUAUGGCUACGGUUAGGUAGGAAAAUGUAGUUAUUCAAAACUAGACAAAUUUGAAAGAGAAAUGAUGAUCCUACAACUUAUCUCUAUUCUGAAUUUCAAGCAUCCUGCUGGGGAUAUGCAGUCCUUCUGCCAGGUGCCCCUGUGCCUGGCAGAAUUUAAAUUUUGAGUGAAAGUCCUUGUCCAUCUGUGAUAUUUGUAUUUUUGCAUGGUUCUUUACACUGUUUUUAUUCAAUCUUGAAUUCUUAUAUUGAUGUUGAUCAUCACUUUAUUUGUUUGCAUUACCAUAGUUUGACACCCAAUAGCCGAUGUAUUUUUCGUGCUGGGGUGUCAUUAAACAUUCAUUCAUUCAUUCUGCCAGGUGCAGUAGGAUGUAGAUCAGUAGUUCAGCUCUGGUUGGGGUUUUUCUGUCCCCUUUUCCCCAAGACUGGUACAUCAAAGGAUGUGGUAUGUACUGUCCUGUCUUUGGAAAAUUGCCUAUAAAAGAUCCUUUGCUGGUUUUUCAUUUGGAGUAGCCCAUGUAGCAGCAGCAAGCCUCUUCUUUCUCUUUGUUGACCAAAUGUCUAAAUAACCAUGUGUUUGUCACCAAAUAGGGAGUGGGAUUUAGCUCAGUCGGUUAAGUGCUCGCUUGAGGUGCUUGUGUCGCAGGAUUGAAUCACCUCUGUAGAUCCAUUCAGCUAAUUGGAUUUUUUCUCUCAUUCCAACCAGUACACCACAA